AUAUAUAUAUAUACUAUAUUGCCAAAAGUAUUGGGACACACCCCUCCAAAUCAAUGGAUUCGGUUGUUUCAAUCACCUCCAUGGCCACAGGUGUAUAAAAUCAAGCACCUAGGCAUGCAGACUGCUUCUACAAACAUUUGUGAAAGAAUGGGUCACUCUCAGGAGCUCAGUUAAUUCAAGCGUGGUACUGUGAUAGGUUGCCACCUGUGCAAUAAGUACAUCCGUGAAAUAUUCCAGAUUAAUAAUAAUAACUGUUAGUGGUAUUAUAAUAAAGUGGAAGCAACUGAGAACAACAGCAAGUCAGCUACGAAGUGGUAGGCCAUGUAAAAUGACAGAGUAGGGUCAGCGCAUGCUGAAGUGCACAGUGCGCAGAAGUCGCCAACUGUCUGCA